GUGAGGCGCCCGCUGGCUGCUGCUGUCACUCCUGCUCCGGCUCCGGCUUGGGUUCCCGCUGCAUCCCCGCUAGACUUUCUAUCCCCAGCGUGCUUGUGGGCGGGGGUGGGAGGAGGCUGAGGAGGCCGGGGCGCCGCCGCCAUGGCCGAAGACGCGGGCGCACUGCCUUGGUCCAUCAACAGGGACGACUACGAGCUGCAGGAGGUGAUCGGAAGUGGAGCAACUGCUGUGGUCCAAGCAGCGUAUUGCGCCCCCAAGAAAGAGAAAGUGGCGAUCAAGCGGAUAAACCUGGAGAAGUGCCAGACCAGCAUGGAUGAGCUCCUGAAAGAAAUUCAAGCCAUGAGCCAGUGCCAUCAUCCUAACAUUGUGUCUUACUACACAUCCUUUGUGGUGAAAGAUGAGCUUUGGCUAGUGAUGCGGCUGCUCAGCGGAGGGUCUGUUCUGGACAUCAUUAAGCACAUCAUUGCAAAGGGGGAGCACAAAAGUGGGGUCCUCGAUGAGGCCUGCAUCGCCACAAUUCUCAAAGAAGUGCUGGAGGGCCUGGAGUAUCUGCAUAAAAACGGACAGAUCCACAGGGAUGUCAAGGCCGGAAAUAUCCUUCUGGGAGAAGAUGGCUCGGUGCAGAUCGCAGACUUUGGGGUUAGUGCUUUUUUAGCAACUGGUGGUGACAUUACCAGAAAUAAAGUGAGAAAGACGUUUGUGGGCACCCCUUGCUGGAUGGCACCAGAAGUUAUGGAACAGGUCCGCGGCUACGACUUCAAGGCCGACAUCUGGAGCUUCGGAAUCACCGCCAUCGAGCUGGCCACCGGGGCUGCCCCCUACCACAAGUACCCGCCCAUGAAGGUCCUGAUGCUGACGUUGCAGAACGACCCCCCUUCUUUGGAGACUGGAGUUCAGGACAAAGAAAUGCUGAAGAAGUAUGGAAAGUCCUUUAGAAAAAUGAUUUCAUUGUGCCUUCAAAAAGAUCCCGAAAAAAGACCCACGGCAGCCGAACUGUUAAGACACAAGUUUUUCCAGAAAGCCAAGAAUAAAGAGUUUCUCCAAGAGAAGAUGCUUCAGAGAGCGCCCACCAUAACCGAGAGAGCUAAAAAGGUCCGGAGAGUGCCAGGCUCCAGUGGUCGGCUUCAUAAAACAGAAGAUGGUGGCUGGGAGUGGAGCGAUGAUGAGUUUGAUGAAGAAAGUGAAGAAGGGAAGGCGGCCAUCUCACAGCUCAGGUCUCCUCGAGUAAAGGAAACAUUAACCAAUUCUGAGCUCUUUCCUGCACCCGAUUCCAUGGGUACUUUACUCCAAAUUCCAGGACAGACUCCUGAUCACCUACCUCAGCCAGCUGGACAGACUCCUGCCCAGUCCACUCACAUCACCGUCCCUCCACCGACACAGGCACCCGCAGCUCCCACGGGAGGAGCAGGACAGGCUCCACCGUCAGAAGGGGCAGGUUCCCAAGAGACCAAGGUCCCCAUCAGUCUAGUACUAAGGUUAAGGAAUUCAAAGAAAGAACUUAAUGAUAUCCGAUUCGAGUUUACUCCAGGGAGAGAUACAGCUGAUGGCGUGUCCCAAGAACUCAUCUCUGCUGGCCUCGUGGAUGGCAGAGACUUAGUCAUAGUGGCAGCGAAUUUGCAGAAAAUUGUGGAAGAACCUCAGUCAAAUCGCUCUGUCACUUUCAAACUGGCCUCUGGCGUGGAGGGCUCCGAUCUUCCUGAUGAUGGCAAGCUGAUAGGAUUUGCACAGCUGAGCAUCAGCUAAGCCGCGGUCCCGAGGAAGCGUCCCUGGGAGAGCCACGUCCUCCUCCUCUCGCUCGGCCGGCCUCCAGUCCUUACUGCCAAAGAACCCGGGUCUGCCCUUUCCCUCCCUCCCCCGUCCGGCACCAGCUCACCAAAGUCGCCGGGACGCGCUCCCCUCGGAAGCCGAUUCCCCGCACACGCCGGCUUCCCCGUCUCCGACGCGCGGACUGGCUGUCCGCGGCCCGCGGGGCCCGCCAGUCUCUCGUUGCCUUACUUGCCCGGCGCGCAGCGCGAGGCCCCUUCUUCCGGCACGUCCUCCCGCCGGGCCCGACACUCUUGUCGCUGCACCAAUAGCCAUGAAAGACGGCCGGCCGGCUGCACACCGGAGGACUCCACUGCGGGACUCCCGGAGGCCGGUGCCGGGACACCUCAAGCACAGUCCGGUGUCAUCGGCCUGAACUUUUCCUCUUUGUCCAUCACGCUCUUGAGAAUUUUCCUGAAGCUCGAGGGCCGCGUGCCGUCCGGCGGCCGCUUCCCGACGCCUGUCCCCGCAGGGCCGCUCGCCUUACCCUGGGCCUCCCCCCAGCGUGGCCCUGGGGAGGUGGGCAGGACACCCUCGUGUCGGUCUCCCCUAAAGGGCCUUUUCCCUCGAGGGACGACAAGCAAACCCUCACUUGUAUCAUUGGAGAAGCGGUGAUUCUCACCCCUAAAUAAAAUGAAAGAAGCUUCCCUCCCUGCCCCUCCUCCCUCGUCUUCAUGGAAGGGAAGGUCUGUGUGGAUCAAGGCUGAGGCCUUCACAGCAAUAAAGCAGAGUCCUGGCUCCCCGGCCGGCCAGGCCUGCCCGGUGAGCGUAGCAGAGGCCCACAGACCCCCCAGCAUCCCCUCGGCCCUGCCUGGGGUGCAAAGGAAGCCUCUCGGGGCCAGGAUGGGGAGGGCCGAGGCCCCCACGAAUCCUAGACGGGCCUCUUCGGGUUUGUGGCCCCCCGUGGGAGGAAUUUGGGUUUGGGGGCUUUUCUACAAUUUCACAACUGGCCUUCGUUCUCAGCCUGCCCUUCGAGGCUGUGUGGGAGUUUCCCUGCCCUCACCGGCCCGGCCUUGUCUUGCCUUUCCUGCUGCCUGCAGGCGACCGGAAGGCCUCCCGGCUAUCCGAGCGCAGAGCCGCCUUGUCCUUCCGCCGCUGACCCAGCCGGCGACCGCUUCAGACGGCUUCGUAGGCUCCCUGUGAGCCGCAGAGCCCCUCUGCCCCCCUUCAGGCUUCACCGAGGCGGGGGGUGGCAGGGGGCGGAAGGGGCCGAAGGGGUGACUCAGAGGGGGAGAUCUUUGGUACAAGCGCACCUCCGUAGCUAGAGAGCCCUCCGGCCCCCGCCGGCCCCGCGGCCCCUCGCCCCGGGCGGUCCCAGGCAGAGUGGAGGAGGCCGGGCCGGGCGGUGGCUCCGAGCCCGGGACAGUGUUAUUCUUCGGUUGCUGUCGGCGCGCGCACGUGCCUCCGUUGAUCCGUUCGGGCAGCCUCGUCUUCGGGGACGCCUUCCCCGGCGGCCUGCGAGCCCCCCGAUGGAGCCGGCUGGUGGCUGCAGGAGGGGAUCCGUUUCCGGGAGCCCCAGAUAAGUGCCAAGGCUACCCCCGGAGCGUACAACCUGUGUAACCCGGCGAAUGGAUUCUUUGGGGUGUUGUUAGCGCUCCCUCCAGACCCAGCCUAGAGCCAGCUCCCCUUCCUUUAGCCCCCACCCGGAGAAGCAGAAGAAAGGUGGAGGACUCCGCGGAGGCUCCUCGAUGGCCCUGGACGGUCAGUCCCAAAAGGUGUAAACUAUCCAGCCUCCCCUCCCCGUUUUUUUGACUUUGUAUUUUACUGCACGUUCCUUUCAUUUUUAAUCAAUAAAGAACAAAUUGUCCGC